CAAAUCCUGGUAAAUUAUUUAGCCUGGGAAGGUAAUAUGAAGAAAUACAAACUUCUCUUUUGUAACUUUUACUGCCAGGUAUGUGGUGGAUGGUUUCCUCAUUGGGCUUUGCACAUACGAUCAUCAGUAAUUACACAGCAGCUGCCAUCAUUAGCAACUGCUGGCUGCAGUCUGCAGCUCAGACCUGGGCCUGGAUCCUUUGCAGUUUGAACAAGGCUGUCGCUGGAACUGGCUUCUGCUCAAUUUGGGCCUGAUCCAUGCUUCCCAUGUUCAUCAUAGCGUUUUAAUUACUUCUGUGGGCUUGGGAUCAGACCCCACACCACAUCCUGGGCUAGGUCAACCUCUGCACGUUGCCUUGGAACUGUUGGGAUUCUUGUGGUAGUGUGCAGCAUUGCUGUGACUUGGAGAAACAAUGGAAAUCAGAUCAAAAUGAACUUGGAAAUCAGCAGGAAAUCUGAGUAUUCUAAAUGCUCACUAAAAUGGAGAGCAGUUCCUCACUUGUGAUGUUUCUCAUACUGAUGUGCUCCAUCAACAGCAGCUGUCCAUUUUCAUAUUCAGUGUUUAUGAGAAGGGACGAAGCACAUGAGGUACUGAAAGUCCAUAAACGUGCUAACUAUUUUCUAGAAGAGAUUCGUCCAGGGAACUUGGAGAGAGAAUGCAAUGAGGAAAAGUGUUCAUUUGAGGAAGCUAAGGAGAUCUUCCAUUCGCAGGAGAAAACGAUGGAGUUUUGGUUCAAUUACAAAGGUUUAAAUCCAUGUAGUACAAACCCCUGUAACAACGGUGGAGUCUGCAAAAUAAGACACUACAACUACUUUUGCAUCUGCCCCCCAAAUUUUGGAGGAGACAACUGUGAAAAAGAAAAGUUUGAAUGCUGGUAUAGGAACGGUGGGUGCUGGCAGUACUGCAGGGACAGCAGCAGCGCCUUUCACGUAGUAUGUUCCUGCGCAAAGGAUUACACCCUGCACGAGGACGGGAAGAGAUGCGUGCAAGCAGCACCAUUUCCAUGUGGCCUGAUUAAAGCCAGGCAGGCUCUGGCAGAAGAGCGGCUGGGGCAGACAAGGCUCCCGAGGGGACUGCCUGAGCACAGGGAUGAUGUGGCCAAGUGGAAUGAGAGCACGGAGGGCAGAGUUAGACAAACCGAGGUGGAACAAAGUGCUAUUGGGGAGAAUGGGACCUCAAAGGAUGCGUUUGGGCAAAGUGUGCUCAUGGAGGGUGACGCUGAACAACCCAAGGCGGCAGAAGACGCUUUCAGCUGGAACGAGACCCUGGGGGGCUCCGUUACACAGAAGCUGCUGGGGGAUGGUGCUGCUGGGCAGGCGGUGGGUGUCCCUGAGCACCACGAGGCAGGGGAGGGGACCGCCAGGCCUGGGAGAGGCCAGGCUCCACAGAGUGAGCCCACCCAGCGCCCUUCGUGGCAGAAUGAGACCACAGCACCUGCUGCCAGGCAGAAAGAAACGGUGGAAGAUGCUGCUGGGCAAAACCAAACGGGGGUGAACGCUGGCCAGAACAGAACAGGGCCCAUUCAAACCAUGCAUGAGGUGCUCAGUCGGAGUGGUGGCUGGGGAAAUGUUUCAGACACGCCUCAGUUCAGCCAGAUGAACAUCAGCUCUACACACAAUGACUCCAGGAUAACCGGAGGAACUUUGUGUCAUCGUGGACAUUGCCCCUGGCAGGUUUUGAUCCGGAAUAGUAAAGAUGUUGGUUUCUGUGGAGGGAGUUUAAUCAGCAGUCGUUGGGUGGUCACUGCUGCUCACUGCCUUGAUCUCGUCAGACCGCACCACGUUACUGUAGGAGACUUUGACAAAUAUCAAAGAGAAUUGAAAGAACAGAAGAUCGAUGUGGAACGGAGCUGGACACAUCCACAUUAUGAUUCAAAUAACUACAACAGUGACAUCGCUUUGUUGUACUUGAGCAGUGACGUUAUUUUUAAUGAGUACGUAAUUCCCAUCUGCCUCCCAAGCCCUACCCUUGCCACCCUGCUGUCAGAAGAAGGAAGAGUAGGGAUGGUAAGCGGAUGGGGUGCCACUCACGACAGAGGUUCAACUCUGCGCUUCCUCAUGAAAGUCCGGCUGCCCAUUGUAAACAUGGAGACCUGUCAGCGGUCGACAGACAGACUCAUUACAGACAACAUGUUGUGCGCAGGUUACACCACCGAGGCUGCGGACGCCUGCAAGGGGGACAGUGGGGGCCCUUUCACUGUGCCGUACCACAACACUUGGUUUCUCUUGGGUAUUGUAAGCUGGGGUGAGGGCUGUGCUGAGAAAGGAAAAUACAGUGUGUAUACAAGAGUAUCCAACUACAUCCCGUGGAUUAACGAGGUUGUUGAAAGUGUAGCAGAUGCAGGAAACUUUUCCAUUAACUUUUCUUAAUACCAUCAUUAAAAACAGGGACAAUUCUGUUAUUACAGUGUUCCAGUCUAAGACACUAUGUAGUUCCUGUCCUUAUCCUUAAUGGUGUAAAAUAGAUUGUCUUCAAAGAAAUUUUGAGUCUGUUUACUCAGAAAUGGUUAAAUUGUUCAUUCAAGUAUUACCGAGUAAAAUACUUGUGUGUAAAAGAACUGUUCUGUAAAUAACAAAAGGAGACAACUACAACUUUUCUUAGUUUUAAUUCCUAUUGAAAAGGGUUUUUAAAGAAAAAUAAAAAGCUUUCCAUUUCUCAAGCCUACGUGCACAAAAACAA